GUCAAUUCACUCUGCGAAAAAAGGUUCGAAUUUCUUCAAACCCAUCUGCCCGAAUGGCUCGCACCAAGCAAACCGCCAGAAAAUCCACCGGAGGCAAGGCCCCAAGAAAACAAUUGGCCACCAAAGCCGCCAGGAAGUCCGCUCCGGCCACCGGAGGAGUGAAGAAGCCCCACCGUUUCCGCCCCGGAACCGUCGCCCUUCGUGAGAUCCGAAAGUACCAGAAGAGCACAGAGCUGCUGAUCCGAAAGCUUCCAUUCCAGCGAUUGGUUCGUGAGAUCGCUCAGGAUUUCAAGACCGAUCUGAGGUUCCAGAGCAGCGCCGUCUCGGCGCUUCAGGAGGCGGCGGAGGCGUACUUGGUCGGCCUCUUCGAAGACACCAAUCUGUGUGCGAUUCACGCGAAGAGGGUCACAAUUAUGCCCAAGGAUAUUCAAUUGGCCAGAAGAAUUAGAGGGGAAAGGGCUGUUGCUGGACAUGAGUGUCAACUUAUUUAUAGCCCAACUAUACUUGUUCAUUAUGCAAAUUAUUAUGGCUACAAAUACGAUGAUAAAGUAAUGAUCUUGAAUCCCCCGAAAACUUCCUCGAAAUUUAAAAUCUCCCGCUUCUCCUCCAUCGCAAUCCCUAUAUCUCCACCUCCAAUUCCGCCCAAUUCUUUAUCAGUCAAUCGAGAAGUUCAAUUUUCAGUACUCAAAUCUUCAAAUUUGCACAACCCAUUUGACCGAAUGGCUCGCACCAAGCAAACCGCCAGAAAAUCCACCGGAGGCAAGGCCCCCAGAAAGCAAUUGGCCACCAAGGCCGCCCGGAAGUCCGCUCCGGCCACCGGAGGAGUGAAGAAGCCCCACCGCUUCCGCCCCGGAACCGUCGCGCUUCGUGAGAUCCGAAAGUACCAAAAGAGUACAGAGCUCUUGAUCCGAAAGCUUCCAUUCCAGCGAUUGGUUCGUGAAAUUGCUCAGGAUUUCAAGACCGAUCUGAGAUUCCAAAGCAGCGCCGUCGCGGCGCUGCAGGAAGCGGCGGAGGCUUACUUGGUGGGUCUGUUCGAAGACACGAAUCUGUGCGCGAUUCACGCGAAGAGGGUCACGAUUAUGCCUAAGGACAUUCAAUUGGCCAGGAGGAUUAGAGGAGAAAGGGCUUAGAGGGGUGCAUUGAUUUAAUUUGCUGUCUUAUUUCUUUUAGAUUCUGUUUCUGAUUCUAUUUUAGUUUAUGGUGUAAAUCUAAAUCUGCCGUGUCUGAUUUGCUAUCCCAUGGGUAUAUUGUAGGUCGCAUGUAUAUGGGACUUCAAAAUCUGUGUACUAAAUUAAUCAGCCCCUUUCAUUCUAGACUCUUUUCUUGUGGGUAUCUGCUUAAAUCUUUAUUUCUUUGUUUUCUUACUGCAAUUAGAUGAUCUCAAGUUCUUUUAUUGA